UUAGUAUUUAUGCAGUUGCAAGAGUUCCUCUUUUUCUUUUAUCCUCCCUUAUUGUAGAGAGCUGCCGGGCCACCUCUCAUCCGCGCGUGGGCGCCUGAAGCACGAGCCGCCGGUAGCACGUGGGAGCCACGCGACGGGCACCCCCGCCGCCCCCUUCCAGAGCGGGGAGAGGGACGCCGCAUGACCUGUCCGCUCCGACCUUCGCGUUCCCCUCACUCCUUCCGGGUUGGCGGGCAGGCAGAUAGGCCCAAGGUUUGGUAUUCACCCUGUGGCUGGCCAUAUGCCUGGUCAGCUGAACAUACUCCUAGCAGAAGCUCGUGUUCCUUACGAUAUUGUACUGGAAAUGGAUGAGAUGAAUGAAGACUUCCCAGAAACUGACUUGGUCCUUGUAAUUGGUGCAAAUGAUACAGGUAAUUCAGCAGCGCAGGAAGAUCCAAACUCUAUCAUAGCUGGAAUGCCAGUUCUUGAUGUCUGGAAGUCCAAACAGGUCAUUGUAAUGAAGAGAUCUUUGGGAGUUGGAUAUGCAGCUGUGGACAAUCCAAUCUUCUACAAACCCAAUACUGCCGUGUUGUUGGGAGAUGCUAAGAAGACUUGUGAUGCCCUACAGGCCAAAGUCAAGGAAUCACAUCAAAUCUAAAUACUGAUUUAUAUUCCACUCAUGAUUGAGACUACAGUUUUGUCACAGGGGUAAUGGAAAACAGGAGUUAGAAGAAUCUCUUACUGUCAUAAUGCAGCAAGCAUUUGGAGAAGACUGCAUUGACUCCUAGGAGAUGUAGUUCAGUCAGGGAUGUAGGCUUUUAUGAAAGGAUGGGCACACUAGCCAUUCAAACUAAAUCUCCCAUGAAGCAAUGCAUUAAAGAACAAAAAUGUGCUUUUUAAGGUUAAUGUUGAGCUGUUAGAAGCAGGAAAUAAUUACUCUUUGUCAUCUUUAAGUACUUAUUGGCUUCCUCCUCCUAACUGUCUGUACUUCUGUCAUGGAAAAUCACUAAAAAUUAUUGUGCCAAAGUUGCAUUCUGUCUUAUCAUCAAAGCUGUUCUUUGGCCAGUAUGGACAAAAAUAACUAUUUCAUAAAAAUUUAAAGCAGAAUUGCAAACAGAUGCUUACAUGAGUUGAGUUCCUAAACAUUAUAUUCUAUUAAAUCUCUAUUUAAAAAAAAUUGAAGUGUUUCUUUUUUGGAUUGCAUGGAUGCUGUGAAUCAGGAACACUUUAGGAAAGUUAUUUUUCUUUAAAAUAGAGUUCCACUUUUUUGUAGUGUCCACUUAAAUUGUGUAAAAGAAACCACAGGAUUUCAGGGGCCUACCGAGUGAUCUUCAAGCCUGACAAGGAAAUGUACACUUACUUGCACUGCUUAACUGUUUUCAGCAGCUGCUAAAUUCUCCAUCUUUUCUAGUCGUUGCCUUUUUAACUGUCUGAGGAAAAAAUAUGGUCCAGUUCUGCACAGGCAGAACAUCUUGCAUACCUAUUCUGUUCACAGAAGUUGGACUACAGUGUUUCAGUUUUUGUUCACUUAGACUUUUAACUAUAUUUGCUACUUUAAAAUUUAGUGAUGCUUUUUGAAUUAACAUUUUUGUGAUGCUGGAAAAAGUAGUUUUGAAGAUAUUUAAGAUGCUGGAGUUUAUUAGAAUUUUUCUAAAUAAAUAAGCUAUUGUUUGGACAGCACAGAAACAUACCAAACUUAAAAUUCAGUGUUUUGAUUAUUUGACUUCUCCUUAACCUAAAUAAAAGCACUGUUAAAUGCCUAUAAUAAGUUCAGUAAAGAAUUAAAUUAAAUUAUUAUAUAGAUUGCUGUUUUGUUUUUAUGUUAAGUGUACUUGAGUAGAACUCAAAUAUUUGCCUAAAGAAUUAAUUUAUCAUGUUUCCAUGGUGACAAAGACUAAAUAGAAAUAGCUGUACUUGUGUUAAAAAGCAUUCAUAUCUGGGUAAGACAAACUACUAUGAAGGAAGUCUUGAAAUUAAUCCAUCUUGAUUGAUAGAACAAACUUUUUUUUCAUUACACCAUGUAUCGAGACUUCAUAUAAAAUAUACAAUUUUCACUUAGCUACCUCUGUUUUUAUGUGAAGAUCACUUAAAACCCAGACUUUGAGCAGGUAAUGCAUUAAGAAAUGUAACAGUAUAUGAAAGAAACUACCCUUAUUGCAAAUAUGUUUCAUAUAAUUUGAAAUAAAAAUGAUCAUAUAAGCAUUAAUAUGUUGUACAUGGCAGGAAAAUACUUGUAAUUAAAUUUUAAAUUAAAACAUUGUGGCAGCUAUGUUUGAAUGUAGCAUGUGUGGACUCUUGAUUUCAUUGUAUUCAACUUUUCUUUUAGGCCUGCAAAAAAAUAGAAGGAAAAUGGGAGAAGGAGAAAGACUAGGAAAAUGUCCUCUAUCUCUCUCCCUCACAACUAAGCAAAAAAGGGAUUUGAAAGGAUUUAAAGUCCUAAAAUGUUAAUUUUUGUCUUGUCAAACUUGAAGUAUUUAACUGUGGUAUGCAACAUGUCUCUGCUUAUAAGUAGCUAAUAUAAGACUUAGCUUUUCUUUAAAAAAAAUAAAAGGGGGGGAUUUUUUUCCUUUGUAUUUGGAAAAAAUCAUACAGUUAUGUUGGAUCAGAGAUAACCAUGUUAUCUUUAAAACUGUGCUUUACCAUGGAAUGCCAGGUAAUUGUUGAAGUGCUAAUAAAAUGUUGAUUAUU